UGUUAUGCAUUGCAGAUUAGGCAUGUGAGCACAUAUGUAUCCUUUGACUUCCUUGGCUAGUAGGUGGUGAAUGUGUUCCGUUCGUGUGAAUAUGAGAGAGCUGACUACAUGCACAUUGUUGGCCCGCGUCCCGAGGUAUGCCGUUUUGGAUGGAUCUCCACCGCUUCAGCUCCGUCGCUCCUUCAGACUCCCUUUGAAGCAGCUCUGCUCCUCCUCCAUGGCCCUGAUGGUGAAUGCUGCUCCGUUGGUUUACAGACCUCCUGCAGAUACGCUGCCGUACGAGUAUCCUCCGGUUGAAGUUCUCUCUCCCGUCGCUCCUCCGCCGUUACCUCCAGACCCUCCAGACGCUCUCCUUUCUCUUCUUCGCAUCCGCGUCACCUCCACUAAGCCUUCUCUUCAAGCUCUUACCCACACCCUUGAUUUAAAGCUUCAUUGUUCAACAAUGGCGACAAAGAUCUGUGGUGGUGGCGUCCCUCUUGUGUGCAGGUCGUUUCCUUGUCGGCUCGUGGAAUGGUCUGUUCUCAGAUCUUGUCCCGACCUUCCUUCCCACCCUCCGGUUACAGCCUUCCAGGUUCAUCAUAGCUCCUCUCUCUCCGCUUACCUUUAUUCAGUUGAAUGGGUUGGAAUGCGAGUUGUAUGGGCGACUUUGAACUUGAGGUCAUUGGUUUUAAUUGGUAAUGUUCUGAUGGACAGAGCUUCCUUCGGUUCUACCUUUGUGCCUUUUAGUGGCAUCUAUGUCGUUUCAGUGCGAUUUCUUACUGCAGUAUGCAGUUCCUUUAUUGUGUCAAGCCUGGUUUUUGGUGCUGUUAUCUUGUGUUUCUCUUCUUUGUUGCAGCUGGAAGGAAAACUCGUUGACAUAUCUUGCCUGUUGAAUCUGAUCUUGACGGGUAUUGGUCUCCCAAUUGUCUCCUGUUUGGAGUUGUUUCUCUUCCCAAUAUUUCCUCUUGUAUGGAGUGAAAUGGAAGAUAAAGCGUUGCUGGUACUCAAAGGAUCUUCCUCCCAGCUAAUGCUCCCCUCUGCUGUUGAUGCAGUGUUUGUGACCGUUUGGGUUACACUUGGUACGAUUAUUAAAGAAGCUUAUGAAAUCGUUGUCAUGCGAUUUUUAUGGUUUCUUUUUGUGAUUUGUAUCAAUUUUAUCUUUUGUGUUAUCAGUUUAUCACUUUGGUUGGCUCCUUGUAGCCUUGUUGUAUCCUCCUCUAAUGGAGUUUAAACUCUUUUAAGAUAAA